AUUUUACGAAUACAGUCAUUCCUACUUGCAGCCUUGACUCUCAUACAUGCCUCCCUUCACAAUAGAUACAGCUCCAGGUUAUGUGUAGAGGACUCACUUGGCUAGCAAGAUGACGGGGAGAUUCAGGCAAGAAACAUAGGUGCCGAUGCAGUUGCGAAGAUGGCGGAUUUCUUCGUCCUGCUUGGAGGUUUAAUACCUCCGCGUCUUCUCCAGCAUGCGUCGCUUCUUGCUCAUCUCGCCAAAGAUGAUACGCAGGCAAUUAAGAGUCUUGACGGUGCUCUCCAGAAUACGUUCGAGGCUUGCAGUGCGCCACCACUUGGACACGGCGGCGGGCAGGGUGCCCUUGGACGACCCAAUCUCGGUGCUGAGCACGGCGAGGGCAUAACUCAGAGCGUCGAGAGCGUCGAGCUCGCCCCGGAAGCCCGCGACAAUGCUGUCGACCCUUUGGAUGCCCUGUAUCAUGGACCGGAGCGACGCAACACCCCUACCCACUUCGUAAAUCAGCUUUACGCAGCCCGCCGCGGCUGUGGCGAUGGUGAUGGGUUCCAUUUGGGUGUCGCGAUGUCAGUGUCGAGGGUUGUCAAAGGGUGGAAGUGGGGAGAAAUUACUCACCAGCCAGAGCCUUGCCCAUCGUCUGCUGGACACGCCGAAGAUGCUGGUGCCGGCGCCGGUGCUGGUGGGAAUGCAGAGAUGCCUGGGGCCGUCCAACACCCGACCAAAUCCCAAAGGAGGUACGAGCAUCUUAUGCAAGGACCCGCACAAGGUUGACUUCCAAUGUGGUUGUCCGAUCGGCUCACGCUUAAUUACAGUCACUCCUAGAAUAGACGAAACAAAACAAAACAUCAUGAAUCCAUAUCCUGUUAAACCGCACACAGUCUGUCGACGCCAAACUCCGAGAAUGGCUCGCCCUGUCCCAAGAAAGCGGGUU